UGGUAAGUGGUGUAAAUAUAUGAUACCAUCAGCAGACAUACAGCAGUUUAACCUUCGAACACCUGGCACAUUUCGUUUGAUUUGCUGUGUGCUGGCUGGCACAUCAGGUCUAUAGGAGUAAAUGACUACUACUGAGUUGUUUAUUCACUGAAGCACAAGAGGUAGAAGCACACAAUGCUGGGGCGGCUAUUGAAAAGUGAGCCUCUUGUCACAAGUAUUUUGAGAACAACCGAUUUCUGGAGGUGUCCAUGUACCAAGCACGCUCAGAUAUUGACAAGAAGAACUCUUUGUCACAAAGCAGAGGCCACAAAGAAGGUUAUUUCUCAAACAGCUAUUCCAGGCCGUAGCACAUUCAGAAAUGACAGAAGACCUACAGCAUUUGAUAAAAAGAUUUUAUUAUGGGCAGGACGGUUUAAAAAAGAGGAGGAUAUUCCAGCUCUAUUAUCAGCUGAGGUCAUCAAAGCUGCUACGAGCCGAGUGAGGAUCAAAAUUUGCUACAUCACAAUGGCACUGACUCUGCUAGGCUGCUUGGUCAUGAUCAUCUCAGGCAAGCAAGCUGCUAGAAGAGAGGACACGCUGCUGAGGAUGAAUACCGAAAAGAAGGCCAUGUGGAGGGCUGAAGCAGAGACGGACCUGGAGGCAGCUGCAAUGAAAGCUCAGUGAUCAAGACGGCAUUUAUUUUAGCAGCAGGCGAUAAGUGAUUUAUACAUGUGGCCUAUGCACCUCUGUUCCGCUAACACUUUGGAGCUUCUUGUCACGGCAAAGAUUUCCCAUAGAAAACUGUUUACUUACGAAUUUUGAAACCCUAGUGGAAAUUCCAACAGACUCACUUAGAAGCCUUCUACUGAUCUCUGAGCUUUUGCAUAGGCCUCAGUUGGAGGGUCAGAAAUCAGUAAAUCGGCUUUUUUCCAAGCCGACGUUGGCCAGCUUGGAAUUAACUGAAAAAGAGGACCAGGGUGGUUCAGAGGAUUGGGUGUGAACCUGGGACUCUGGAGACCCGCAUCAGCUCCUUGCUUUACCACUGCCUCCUUGCGUGACCUCGAUCAGUUCCUGACUCUCUUUAUGCCUUAGUGAAAUGGGGGAAAUGGCAUUUGACUGCCCACAGGGGUGUUGUGAGGAUAAACACAUCAAAGAUUGUGAGGUGCUCAAAUACUGUGGCUAGGGUGAGGACAGAAGCAGUUUUCCUACCCUGCGAGAAUUUUUGAGGUUUCAAAAAAAUUUUCCUAUCCCAGAUCAGGAUGAAAAGUUGAAAUCUCAAAAGGUUUUGCAAACAAAAACAAACAAAACCACAAUAUUUGGGGGUCAAUCUAAAUAUUUUUUAUUUCAAUUUUGACCUUUCCCCCCUGUUUUAGAAACCUUUUUUUCAGUCUAAAUUUACUAAGAUUUUGAAAUGAAAAGUCACUGUGACUCAGAACUCCCAAAACGUUCUGGAUGGAAGAUGCCAAAAUGGGACAGUCUGACAGUUUCAGCUCUUCCUUCCAAAAAGCUUUUGAGUUGGGAGAUUCGUAAACAUCAACCAUGUUUUAGCACUAAAAUAGUUCAGUGAAAAAUUCCUGACCAGGUCUAACUACACUAGUGGGGGCCAUAUACAUUUCUUAGAAAAUGUUCUGGCGUUUCUGGUACCACCCUUCUAAAUACCAAGCCAGGCUCUCAGUCUUUGCAAGGACAAAAGCAGGUAGUGCUAAAUCAGAGCAACCCAAACGUACCAUAUUCUAGCAACUUGCUUUAAGGGGGUGGUGGAAAGCUCGGUAAAAGCCUAUCUGCUGGGGGGGAUAACGGCUGAGCUGAAUUUUAAAAAUCACUUAUGCACAAAUCCUGUCUUCACCCCCAUCCCUAAAAAGCCCCAACGUCUCCUCUCUGUGGGCAUGCUCAGCUUUGAUUGGCAGUAGAAUGUGUGUACUUCCUUAGCAGCGGGGUGGGGAGCAGGCAAAUUGUGGAACAGCCAAGCAGGGAGGUGUCCAUGCUCCCUGUGGACCUGUUCUUCAUGAGGGAGAAUGUGGUGUAGCACCAAGCCUGGGCUGGGUUGGUCCAUGAGAGCAGCUGGACCAUGGCCAGUGGAUGUAAUCUCAGGGAAAUAUCAGCUCAAAGGUGCUGGGGCCAGAGAAGAUGCAUUCACUAUCAAGCAGGUCUGCUGGUGACCUUGGUGACUGGGUCCCUGCGCAAUGAGCUUUAUCUCAGGAUACCUGCCCUUAGGCAGAGACACACCACCAUGGCAAUGCGUUUUGCCUUGUUGCAUUGCACCGUGAUUCUGGCCAUAGCCUCACAUGACCGUUCCUAACCGCUUAUUUAGUUUUGAUUGUAGUCAGAAUUAAUUGUUAAUAAAUGAUUUGCUAAACUUGGA